AUGUCGACAACGGUGCCCAAUGCAUCGAACUCACGAUCAACCCCAGGGACACCAAUACGUGCCAUAACAUCCAAAAUUGCCGGCAGCGCUCUUUCGUCACCGCCUGAAGUUCAAACUUCUACUGUCGGCUUCGGCAACAUCAUUGGUAGUGAACUCAUGGAAGUGGUGGAUGCUGGCUCGUUGCUGUUCACACUGUUCAGUUGGAUCACGGUGGCCCUCCCAGUUUUCGUCCUGAGAAAGGUGUUCCUGACCGAUCGCCGGUCCUCCGCUGCGUCCCCCUUAGGCAUCGUGAAAAGUGCCCUCGCCCAAAACAGCAUAAGAGUUGCAACCAUCACAUAUUUUCUGUCCGCCAUUUGUGCUCUUCUCGUCCAUGUAUUCCUGGCUUAUACCGGCGAUGGACACCGUGGAGAUCCCAAACUUACAUUAUUUGUCAAGUCAAAAAAACAUCCUCAUUAUUUAAAUGAGCGCCUUGUCUUUCUCAUCAUAACUCAACUCUUUACCGCACUCACAUUUACACUGCGCGGAACUAUGAGCGACAGGUUUGUAUUCCGGUGGUCCCUCGCGGUAGAUCCUAAAAGUCAAACGUCAAUGCUCGUCGUAGCGGUUGGGUUCUUGGUAUCAACGGUCUUCACCACAUUUGCGCUUACAGCGGCAUCUCUUGUAUUUGGUGCAGCCCGCCUUGCUCUACCUAUCUUUUACAAGAUCCCCUUCGUCUCAGUCUUCCUCCGCCCCUUCACCGCCCACUUCUUGAAAGGCUCUUGGACGCUAUCACUUCCUUUACUCCAUAUCCCCUUACUCUUUAGAGCCUGGUUUUUGGGAUUCAGCACCUUCUUGACGUGGGAGGCGUCAGACCUUCUUUUCGAGGGUGUUGUCUCAGAGACGUCUUCAGUGUCUACCCAAACUUCCGACCCCAAUACAACGCUGGUCUCCGGCAUUACUUCAAAGGACCGGGUAUUCAGCUUCUUCGCCUAUUCCGAGCUCAAAGAGCUAGCAACAGAUGAAUCAGCCAGCGCCAGUGCCAGACGAACAGCACUGUUCGGUGACCAAAAGAACGCCCUCAACCUCUGGACCCAUCUCGCCCGCGAAAGCUUGCUCCUUCUAGGCCGGGACUACCAGCUCUUCCUUCGCCGGGGCAAACCAUCACCACCACCCCCAGCUCCUGAACCGGUUAAGCCCAAGGUUGUUCUUGGUCCACAGAUUCUUACAACACCCCUUCUCCGACACAGAGUAUUCAAAACUACCGCAGAAUCCCCAGGACAAGCUGCGUUGGAUGCUUUGUCAUCGGAUGGCCCCAUCGCGAAAGUUCUCGAGGCUGGUGCUGAUGCCACGCACGUGCCGGAGCUGUUCAGAAGUGUUGAGACGAGGGUGCUGACGUCUCCAAUUGCGGAGGAGGCGAAGAUGAAUGUUCAGAAUGCGAAGGGUUUAGGUGGAAAGGCGAAGGAUGGAGCUAUUGCAUUCAUACGAAAGAAAGCAAACAGCCACGUUCCUGAACCAGUGAAGGAGAUUGCUGCAAAAUCUGUUGCAUGGGCCAUGAACGACAGGUUGAGCAAGGUCGUCGAGGCCUCCUUGCCUUAUCGAGAGCUGGACGUUGUUGUCAUCGAAGCUCUGUCAUCACUAACGUGCGCUUCGUUGACUGAGGACCGAUAUGGUGUCGUUCAACGCGACAUCCCAAAAAUCCUCGAGGCGUUGAUCUCGUUUUUGUCCGCCGUCGAAGAGUACCAGAUGGAGAUCCGUACAAAGCACGCGCCAUCGAUGUCGACUACCCUUUCGGCGAAGGAGCGAGAAGAGCAGGAGGCUCUAGCCAUCGAGGUGCACAAGGCGCAGGAAGCCCUUGGGUAUGUAGCUGAUGGCUUGAAGGAGGGGAUCAUGAGGAUCGUGCGCAAGUUUGGUGACAAACUUCUGGCGUUCAAGUUUCCGCCUAGGAUAGCCCAGAAGCUCCAGGCUUUUCUUGAUUAUUCAUGA